AUGAGUAUUGACGUUUAUCUUAAAAUGGAGUGUUCUUAUACUAAUGAACUUAUUCGUAAUGUUCUUGAAGAAGAAAAUGGUUUAUUUAAUCUAAUGAAUUCAUCAACGUCAAAUGGUGAUAAUAUCCUCUAUUGGCUUGAAUAUGAAGAUAUUGAUUUUGAUAUGCUUUAUCGUCUAGCUAAAGAAUCGAAUAAUAAAAAAAUUUUAGCUAAUUCAUAUUGUAUACGUAAAGGUCUUUUGCGUAAAGCUAAUUUUGCAUUAUUCGUUCAAAAAUAUUUGUCAAAACGACCAGAUUCAAUUUUACGUAAUCAUUAUCCUGAAACUCAUAUACUUGAUUUAAGUCAUCCUGAUUAUCUUGAUGAAGCACUUAAUGAAGCAUUUGAAUUACGAGAUAUUUUACAAGAAAAUACAAAAGAAGAUAUUGAACCAAUUCCUUUUAUUCUUAAAGCAUCAAUUUUAGAUAAAGCAAGUGAAUUAUUUAUUUUCUAUACUCAAUCACAAUUGGAAGAAUUUUUUACUAAUAAAUAUGAUGAAAAUGAUGAUGAUGAUGAUAGUAUAGCUAAUAUACGUGAAUGGAUUAUUCAACGUUAUAUAAAAAAUCCAAAACUUCUUUCAACAUAUCAAAAUCGUAAAUUUCAUUUACGUGUUUAUGUUAUUGCUGAAAGAAAUCUUCGUAUUUAUGUAUAUGAUGGUAUAUUAGCUUUAUUUGCAUCAUUAUCAUAUAAUAACGAUAAACAAUCAUUUGAUCGUCUUCGUCAUAUAACAAAUACAUGUGCACAAAUUGAUUCACAAUUAAAUGAAAAUGAUUUAGUAAAAGAAUUUUUUACAUUAGAAAAUAUUGAUAAUGAUAUACGUUUAAAUAUAUUUGAACAAAUAAAAUUAAUUAUAAAAGAUAUUUUUACUGGUCUUCAUAAUGAAAUAACAAUAUUUCAACCAUUAAAAAAUGCUUUUGAAAUUUAUGGAUUUGAUUUUCUUAUUAAUGAAAAUAAUGAAGUUUAUUUUCUUGAAGCAAAUGCUUAUCCUGAUUUUAAACAAACAGGAAAUUUAUUAAAUAUAGUAAUUAAAGAAUUAUUUCAAAAUCUAGUACAAUAUAUUAUUUUACCAUAUUUUGGUUAUCAACAAAUAAAUAAAAUAACUCAACGUAAAUUUCAUCUUGUUUAUGAUAAACAAAAAACUAUUUAA